AUGGUUACCACUCAUGGUAGACCUACCACAAAGACUCUGGCUCUACACAGUAUGCCGGAUACGGCCACCGGAGAUGGUGGUGGAUGUGCCGAAUAUUUGGAAUCCUCAAAUUCUCACGCCGCUUCGUUUGCAGAGAUUGUUUUGGAACCGUACAAUUAUCUAAUAGGAAAUGUGAAGAAGGAAUGGAGAAGCGAGCUCAUCGGUGCCCUCAAUCACUGGAUGAACGUCCCACCAGCUCCUAUUAAGGCCAUCGCGGAGGUCAUCCGGAUGCUGCAUAAUUCCAGCCUUAUCAUUGAUGAUAUCGAGGACGGCUCUCUACUGCGACGUGGGAAACCAGCUACACAUUGCAUUUUCGGAACUCCUUCGUCGAUUAACUCAGCAAACUACGUUUAUUUCUUAGCCUUGCAGAAGGUAAUCGAACUGGAACGACCGGAUGCAGUUACGAUAUUCACGGAACAAAUGUUAGAACUUCAUAUCGGUCAAGGUAUGGAACUUUUCUGGCGCCAUUCCUUCCGAUGCCCUACAGAAGAAGAAUACUUUGCAAUGGCAUUGCGAAAGACCAGUGGACUUUUCGCCCUGGCCUUUCGUUUGAUGCAGCUGUUUUCUGAGAAUAAAGAGUCUAUAGUUCCAACAAUGCAGACAGAUUCGAUUGUAUCGUACGGGACUAGCCAGCCGUUCAAUCGUUCAUUUGCAAACACCCCUUUGGUGUCUAACUGCCAUGCUAUCCAAAGGAAGCACGAGGGCUGGGAUGCUGCCAGGUUGCCCAAGCUUAGACAGGGAAGCCGAGAGGCAGAAGUUGGGUUCCAACCACGGACCUUCCGAAAUUACAAGCCCCUUGUCGAUACGUUGGGUUUGCUAUUCCAGAUACGGGACGACUAUGUGAAUCUGGUGGACAAAUCAAAAUUACAAGCCCCUUGUCGAUACGUUGGGUUUGCUAUUCCAGAUACGGGACGACUAUGUGAAUCUGGUGGACAAAUCAAUAGGCUCGGUCCCCAAGUUUCCGUCACUCCUAUGUUCUACUUGAACCCAAAUUGCACGAACUUAUACCAAAAGUCCAAAGCUUUUGCGGAAGACAUAACCGAGGGAAAAUUCAGUUUUCCCAUUGUCCGGUCGAUUCAAGCCAACCCACGGGACAAUCAGGUGAUGAGCAUUUUAUGUCAACGCACUACGGACAAAUAUCUAAAAGUUCAUUGUGUGCGUCACAUGGCUGAUUUGGGAGCUUUCGACUACACCGUUGAUGUCAUGGCUAAGCUGGAGCAGCAGUGUCAUGCGCUCAUCGAACAUCACGGUGGUAAUCCUUUCCUAUCCGCAUUUUUGAAAAAAGUUGGUUCCAUCUACCGUUUGAAUGAUGGUCAGUUGCGACGACAUAGUGCGUCGGAAUUCGAUUUCAAUCCGGAAUCUGAACAGUCUACCUCAGUUGAAAGCUCUAAGUUGCCUUGCUGCCUCACGCCAAAUGGUCCGUUUAAGCCAAACUCCCGUGUGUAUGGCGCUUCUCAUCUGCUCCGAGCUUUGCUGGUUGUUUAG